UUGAGAUCAUAAAACGAAGUUAUAAUUAAUCUUUACACCUAAAGACGAUGAAGAAACCUCUUCCCCUUUAACCAUUUAUAUAUCUUCUUGUUUCUUCCAAAGAUUGCUCGUAUAUAAAUCUCCUUGGAAGCUGCAAAACACCACAAAACUCACUUUUGUCUCACUUUCUUCCCUUCCCCACCACAAAACUCACUUUUGUCUUGUCCUCUCUCUCUCUUCGAUAAGUAAGAGAAGAUCUCUCACUCUUGGUCCAUCUAACGGUCGGGAACUAAAAAUGUGUUGUUCUCACCGCUGCUUUCUUCUCUUCGUCUUCUUCCUCGCUUCACAUUCCUUGGUUACUUCCAGAAUCUUGCCAAAGAUCUCUGUAACUACUUCAACGAUUCUUGAUGUGGCCGACUGCAUACGCAAAACCAAGGAUGCGUCGUCGUUUCAGCUGAACCAGCAAGACGAACAGAUACACUCUCCAUCCUCUUCAUUUAGCUUACAACUUCAUUCACGAGCCUCCGUCCGAGGAAAUGAGCACCCAGACUACAAGUCUCUCACGCUAGCUAGACUCGACCGUGACUCAGCCCGAGUCAAAUUCCUCAUGGCUCGUUUAGAUCUAGCCACUAACAACAUAUCCAAAGCAGAUCUCAAGCCCGUUAUUACCACAAUGUACACCACGGAACAGCAAGAGAUCGAAGCUCCUUUGAUCUCCGGCACGACUCAAGGAAGCGGCGAGUAUUUCACAAGCGUCGGUAUCGGAAACCCGGCGCGUGAGGUUUACAUGGUGCUCGAUACCGGAAGCGACGUUAACUGGCUACAAUGCGCCCCUUGCGCCGACUGUUACCACCAGACCGAGCCCAUCUUCGAGCCGUCGUCUUCCUCUUCUUACUCUCCACUCUCUUGCGACACUCCACAGUGCAAGGCCCUCGAAGUCUCCGAAUGCAGGAACGCCACGUGUCUCUACGAAGUUUCUUACGGAGACGGCUCUUACACCGUCGGCGAUCUCGCCACCGAGACGCUCACCAUCGGCUCAGCUUCCGUCGAUAACGUCGCGGUUGGGUGUGGACACAGCAACCAAGGACUGUUCGUUGGCGCCGCCGGUUUGCUCGGUCUCGGCGGCGGUUUGCUCGCUCUGCCGUCGCAGCUCAACACGACGUCGUUCUCUUACUGCCUCGUCGACCGCGACUCGGACUCGGUUUCCACCGUCGAGUUCGGGUCGGAUAUAUCUCCCGACGCCGUCGUGGCUCCGCUGCUACGUAACCACCAGCUCGACACGUUCUACUACCUUGGACUCACCGGGAUAAGCGUCGGCGGCGAGAUGCUUCAGAUUCCGAGCUCUUCUUUCGAGGUGGACGAGUCGGGAGGCGGAGGGAUCAUUAUCGACUCGGGAACCGCCGUGACUCGGCUCCAGACGGGAAUCUACGACUCGCUCAGAGACUCGUUCGUGAAAGGGACGACGGACUUGGAGAAAGCCGCUGGAGUUGCGAUGUUCGACACGUGUUACAAUCUUGCGGCCAAGACGACGAUUGAGGUCCCCACGGUGGCUUUUCAUUUUCCCGGCGGGAACAUGUUGGCGUUGCCGGCGAAGAAUUACAUGAUUCCGGUUGAUUCGGUGGGGACUUUCUGUCUUGCGUUUGCGCCGACGGCGAGUUCGCUUGCGAUCAUCGGAAACGUGCAGCAGCAAGGGACACGUGUCGGUUUCGAUUUGGCGAAUUCUCUCAUUGGAUUCUUGACAAAUAAAUGUUAGUAGCAUUUAAUGUUUUUUCUUGUACUUGUUGCAAAGAGGUGUGUAAUGAAUUAAAUUCUUGGUCGUGACGUUUUAA